AUGGAAGCCAAUAACCAAUUUAUGCGAAGGACGAAAACAACGCUUCAAGAUCAAACUGCAGCGAUCAAGAACUUGGAGACACAAGUGGGACAGAUAGCAAUUUCCAUGACGGGUAGAGCACCGGGAAACCUACCCAGCAAUACUGAAAUUAACCCUAAGGAGCAUGCAAAGGCUAUAACAACCAGAAGUGGAGUACAAUUGCCGGAACCACAUGUAAAAAGUUCGGGAGCCAACAAGGAAUCAACACCAACCUUGGAGGAAGAAAUUGUGGAGCAAACUGAUAAUGCAAUAGGAGAUGAGGUUAAGAGGAAUUCCGAGACAUCACAGGGUAAAAAUACUAAUCCUGUUAACCCUCAUGAGCCUCCUAUUCCGUUUCCACAAAGGUUGAGAAAGCAUAAAAUGGAGCAGCAAUACAAUAAGGAUGUUCCACUCAUUUUGGGGCAACCUUUCUUAGCCACUGGGAGAGCGAUUGUAGAUGUUCAGAAGGGGCAGCUGAUAUUGAGGCUUGGUGAUGAGCAAAUCUCAUUCAACAUGUUGGAGAGAUUAGCAGGGCAUUCGUACUACUAUUUCCUAGAUGGGUACUCCGGGUAUAAUCAGAUUCCAGUGGCACCAGACGAUCAGGAGAAGACCACUUUCACUUGUCCCUAUGGCACCUUUGCAUACAGAAGGAUGCCAUUUGGAUUAUGCAACGCUCCCGCUACCUUUCAGCGCUGCAUGAUGGCUAUUUUCUCAGACAUGAUUGAGAAAUUCAUCGAGGUAUUCAUGGAUUACUUCUCUGUGUUUGGAUAUUCAUUUGAUGAGUGCUUGGAGCAUCUAAGUCUUGUGCUACAACAGUGUACGGAGACCAACUUGGUGUUAAAUAGGGAGAAAUGUCACUUUAUGGCACAAGAAGGCAUCGUACUUGGAUUCUACAGAAGGUUUAUCAAGAAUUUUUCAAAAAUUACCAAACCUCUGUGCUGUUUACUGAUGAAGGAAUCCACAUUUGAGUUUACUGAUGAGUAUCUGCAGGCCUUUAACACUUUGAAAGAAAAGUUGACUUCAACACCUGUAAUUAUCACACCGGAUUGGAAUCUGUCAUUUGAAUUAAUGUGUGACGCCAGUGAUUAUGCUGUGGGAGUCGUGUUGGGUCAACGAAGGAAUAAGGUAUUUCACGUGAUCUACUAUGCAAGUAAGACUUUGAACGAUGCUCAGUUAAAUUAUGCCACUACGGAGAAAGAGCUUCUUGCUAUAGUCUAUGCAUUUGACAAAUUUCGAUCAUACCUUGUGGGGUCGAAGGUCAUAGUCUACACAGAUCAUGCCGCUAUCAGGUACUUAAUGGAAAAGAAGGAUGCUAAGCCACGUCUCAUUCGUUGGAUAUUACUACUUCAAGAGUUUGACUUGGAAAUUAAGGAUAAGAAAGGCAGUGAAAACAUGGUGGCGGACCACCUAUCUCGGCUUGAGGACACAGAACGGACAGAGAUAGUGGAAAUAAAUGAAAUCUUCCCAGACGAACAGAUUUUUGGUGUGAUGGAAACACCCUGGUAUGUAGAUAUAGUUAACUAUUUAGCCAGGUCUAUCAUACCGCCAGAUUAUUCCAGUCACCAGAAGAAGAAAUUCUUCGUGGAAUUAUUCGACGUCUGGGGGAUCGACUUCAUGGGACCAUUUCCAACAUCUUUUUCAAAUCAAUACAUAUUAGUGGCUGUGGAUUAUGUAUCGAAGUGGGUCGAGGCUGUUGCACUACCUACUAAUGAUGGGAAAGUGGUGAUUGAGUUUUUAAAGAAGAACAUUUUUACCCGAUUUGGAACACCAAGAGCCAUAAUCAUUGAUGGGGGCACACAUUUCUGCAAUCGUCAGUUCGAGCAGUUGUUAGCGAAAUAUGGCGUUAAGCACCGUAUAGCUACCACAUACCAUCCCCAAACUAGCGGACAGGUCGAAGUAUCAAAUAAGCAAUUGAAGCGAAUACUCGAAGUCACAGUCAACUCAUCACGAAAGGAUUGGUCAAAGAAACUGGAUGAUGCCUUGUGGGCCUAUAGGACUGCAUUCAAGACCCCUAUAGGAAUGUCACCAUAUCGACUGGUUUUUGGGAAAGCAUGUCACCUACCUCUUGAGAUCGAACAUCAUGCCUACUGGGCAAUGAAGAAGUUGAACUUGGAUUUGAAGGCUGCGGGUGAAAAAUGGCUGUUACAACUGAAUGAACUGGAUGAGCUCAAAAUGGAAGCCUACGAGAACUCAAAGAUCUACAAAGAGCGCACCAAGAAAUGGCAUGACAUGCAUAUCCAGAGACGUGACUUUAAGGUGGGGCAAAAAGUGCUACUCUACAACUCCAGGCUUAAACUGUUUUCAGGAAAAUUGAGAUCGAGAUGGUCUGGUCCAUAUACCAUUACACAGGUGUUUCCACAUGGGGCAAUUGAGAUCACUCACGACAGCAAGGGGACAUUCAAAGUUAAUAGACAGUGUUUGAAACACUAUUGGGGCGGUGAUUUCUCAAAGGACAAGAUGCCUCCUAAAAGAACUUCAAAGGGAAAAGAGAAAGUCGGCUCCUCAUCUGGAACGGCCCGAACAAGAGAACCCGAAGGGGGUGUUCGAAGAUUCCUUUCAUCAGAUACAGCUGCCCGUUAUGCCAAUGUUGUGCGUAAUUGGGCAAUCAUUCCCGAGAGGCCAGUUAAGCUAGAAGAUUUUUCCAACUUUGAAAUAUCAUAUCUGAUUCACAACUGUGGCUGGGAAAAGGUGAUAGAAAGACCUCAUCCGGUAUAUGAGAAUCUAGCAAAGGAGUUUUAUGCAAAUUUCAACACAGAAAUCGACACUCCCGGAUCGGAGCACUUACAUCAGACAUAG